AUGGCAGGGCAAUGUUCCACUGGAGCUCUGUAUUUCGCGCCAGCCAUUCGGCGCGCUUCUUCGUUCCCCUCCCCUUCCUCCCGCACACCAAUUCCUUCCCACCCCCUCUCCUCUUCCCGCUCAUGUCGUCUUCCGCCCCCCGGUCCCCCGUCCCAAGCCCGCACGUUGAAUCACUGUCACCAAAGCUGCCAGCUCAAGCCGCCGCUUUUUCAGGAGGUGUCGCGAAUGGCGGGGCGGCAGGCGCGCACGACGAACGUGGUGAUGGGCGGCACGGCAACAGAGUAUGGCGACGACUGGCUCGAGCUCGACAAGAAGGUGAACACGUACCCCAGUCUGCGUGACUUCACAGCCAUCGGGUUGGGAGGAGAGGACUUUGCCGUGGCAAUGGUGCUGGCUGUGCAGUCCGUCCUUCCCAAAGAUGUUCCCGAGCUUCAAGUGGUAACCAGGGAGAGUGCCACGGGUCGUUACAUCAGUGUUAAGAUUGGACCUGUUAGAAUGGACUCUAGUGAACAGUCCAGCGAUUACGUUUUCAAAUGGAUGGCGGAGCGGCACGAGUCUAAGGUGGAGAGAAUCAUGUUGGAGCACAAGAUUGCAGCAACCAAGCACCGCAUGCUGGAAGAAAUGAAACAGAACCAGGCACAGUAG